CUUGAUAUUAAAAAUAAAACAUUGUUUACGUAAAGUAUUUGAGCAAUUUACGUAAAGUAUUGAGAAAAGUGUCAAAUAAGUCCACCUACUAUUAUGAAAAAGUCAAUUGAGUCCACGCACUAUUUAUUCAAUCAAUUAAGUCCACCAAGUAUCAAAAAAUGACCAAAUUUGAUUUUCCUCCGGUAGUUGACCGGUUUCCCCUGUUAAAUGGCCUAUGUGGAUCAUCCACGUGGCUUUUUCCCUUAAGCGCUUAUUUGGCUGUCCAUGUGGCUUUAAAAUAUCUUUUUCCUUUUUUAUUAAAUGUUUUCUUCUUCUUCAUUCUACCCAUCCCUGCAACUCUUCUCCCCCUUUUCUUCUUUCCGUUUUUUUAUUUCUUCUCUUUUCUUUCUUUAUUCUCCUCUCUUUUUCCUUCUUCCCUCUCUAGCUUUCCAUCUUCCACCACUGUCGACCUCUGCCGCCACCAUCUCCGUCGAUCUCUUCCGUCGCCGUCGAAUUCUGCCGCCGCCUUCGACCUCUGCCGCCGCCGUCGCCUUCUGUUUCACUGCCUGGUUUCCAUUGAAGAAGAGGAAGGGUCGCCAUCGGAUUGCCACAGUCGCAUUCUCUGGACAUGAAAAUGGGAGUAUAGAAGGUUGGGUAAGCUAGAGGAAAAAGUGGAGCAGAAGAGAAAGAAGAUGGGGAAAAAGAAAGAAAAGGGAAACAAAAAGGGGGUGAACUGUGCAAGAAUGAAGGGAGGGGGGUUGCGUGAGGCCGUGGGGACGUGGGGUAGAAGCAGUGGGAGAGAAGAAGAAAGAAGAGGAGAGGAGUUCCAGGGAGAAGAAGCAAAAAGGAGAAAAAGAAAAAAAAAGAAAAAAAAAAAGAUGAAGAAGAGGGGGGAAUUGCAGGGGCGGAUGAAAAAGGGGGUACGAACUACGAACCAGAUUACCGGAGGAAAGAAAGGAAGAAGAAGUAACUAAGAAAGGAGAAAAAGAAGGGCUACCGGUUCUUUACCGGUUAAAUGGCAAAAAUGACUAAAAUUUUAAACUUUGUGUACUUAAUUGAUUGAAUAAAUAGUAUAUGGAUUCAAUUGACUUUUUCAGAAUAGUAAGUGGACUUAUUUGACACUUUUCUCUAAAGUAUUUGAUCAAUUACACACUUUUUUCAUUGUUUAUAUUGAAUUGAAAUCAAUGUUUUAUUUCUUAUACUCAAUGACUCCGUAGUAGAGAAGUUACAUUUCAAAUGGUCUUCAAUUAGAUAUCUCAUCAACAUGAAUUACAAUUUUUAUAUGUGAGUUGCAUCACCAGCUAGCUAUUGAAACAAACAAAAAAUUGUUUGUUUUAGAGUUGAGAUGUGUUUUAGAGUUUUAGCUAUGGC